CCAAUAGCUCCCAUGAGUGCCAACGUAGCUGUCACUGCGCCUGCAGCUGUGGCUGCCUCCAGGAAGGAAUCCCCAGGCAGGUGGGGUCUGGGUGAGGAUCUAACAGGCGCUGGCCCGUCGCUCCAGUGCCGCGUGUGUGGGGACAGCAGCAGCGGGAAGCACUAUGGCAUCUACGCCUGCAACGGCUGCAGCGGCUUCUUCAAGAGGAGCGUGCGGCGGAGGCUCAUCUACAGGUGCCAGGUGGGUGCAGGCAUGUGCCCGGUGGACAAGGCCCACCGCAACCAGUGUCAGGCGUGCCGGCUGAAGAAGUGCUUGCAGGCUGGCAUGAACCAAGACGCCGUGCAGAAUGAGCGCCAGCCCCGGAGCACAGCCCAGGUCCGCCUGGAGCCCAGCACCGAGUCCCGGCCCGAGGCCCUGGUGGUGCCCCCUCCAGCAGGGCCCAGCCCUCGAGGGCCCACACCCGUGUCUGCAGCGAGAGCCCUGGGGCCAGGCACGCUCACACCUCCCGGCCACCACCACUUCAUGGCCAGCCUCAUAACCGCAGAAACCUGCGCUAAGCUGGAGCCGGAAGACGCUGACGAGCACAUCGAUGUCACCAGCAAUGAACCCGAGCUGCCCUUGUCCCCAUACUCCUCCCAGCCAUGCAGCCUGGACAGCAUCCACGAGACCUCAGCGCGCCUCCUCUUCAUGGCGGUCAAGUGGGCCAAGAACCUGCCAGUGUUUUCCAACCUGCCCUUCAGGGACCAGGUGAUCCUGCUGGAGGAAGCAUGGAGUGAGCUGUUCCUCCUGGGAGCCAUACAAUGGUCCCUGCCCCUGGACAGCUGCCCUCUGCUGGCCCCACCCGAGGCCCCCUCUGCCGGCAGCUCUCAGGGCCAGAUCAAGCUGGCUAGUGUGGAGAUUCACAUCCUACAGGAAACCAUCUCCCGGUUCCGGGCCCUGGCGGUAGACCCAACGGAGUUUGCCUGCAUGAAGGCCCUGGUCCUCUUCAAGCCGGAGACGCGGGGCCUCAAAGAUCCUGAGCACGUGGAGGCGUUGCAGGACCAGUCGCAAGUGAUGCUGAACCAGCACAGCAAGGCCCACCACCCCAGCCAGCCUGUGAGGUUUGGGAAAUUGCUCCUGCUCCUCCCAUCACUGAGGUUUAUCACUUCAGAACGCAUUGAACUCCUCUUCUUCCGCAAAACCAUAGGGAACACCCCAAUGGAGAAGCUCCUUUGUGACAUGUUCAAAAACUGA